UCUCAGUCCUCAUGAUGAGAGAUUCAGGCUCAUGAGGAAGGCUUCUCUAACAAGACCGAGUGGCGGUUUUUAGCCGUGCGGAAUCGGUGCUGGUAAAUGCGAAACUUUGACUCUUCACGUACAAGCUCUUCUUCUUUCUCUUCUUUUUGUUCUUUUUUUUUUAUCGCCGCUGCAGACAUUAGUGUGGCAACUGUGGAUGGGCACGCAGGAGUGGGCUGCUGCCCACCAAGUCUGACUAUGUUUCGGAGGCUCUGAGGAAAAAAACAUGUAAGAAUCCCCGCAGAUCCGUUCGGAUCCUCUUACAGCCAAAAUGCAGAAAGGGAUGAGACUCAAUGAUGGCCAUAUCACCUAUCUGGCUGUUUUGGCAAAGAAGGAUGGCACGCGGCGAGGGUGUUUGAGCAAGAAAAGCUCAGACAAUACAAAAUGGCAUACAAAGUGGUUUGCUCUGUUGCAGAAUAUGCUGUUUUAUUUCGAAAACGACUCGAGCUCACGCCCCUCCGGACUGUACCUGUUGGAGGGAUGUGUUUGCGACAGGGCGCCGUCACCCAAACCGUCUCUGUCCGCGAAGGAAUGCUUAGAGAAGCAGUAUUACUUCACAGUCACAUUCAAUCAUGACAACCAGAAGGCUUUGGAGCUGCGCACAGAAGACGUUAAGGACUGUGACGAGUGGGUGGCUGCUAUCACACAGGCCAGUUACAGGAACAUGGCUACAGAGCAUGAGACCCUCAUGCAGAAGUAUCUCCAUCUACUCCAAAUAGUGGAGACAGAGAAAACAGUUGCCAAGCAACUUCGACAACAGAUAGAGGAUGGGGAAAUCGAAAUAGAGCGGCUAAAAUCAGAGAUUUCUGGACUUUUAAAGGACAAUGAGAAGAUCCAGUCAAAUCCAGAAGUCCCUCCCAGCGAUGACGACACUGAGAUUAAGAAGAUCAAAAAGGUCCAGAGUUUCCUGCGAGGUUGGAUUUGCCGCAGGAAGUGGAAAACCAUCAUCCAGGACUACAUCCGUUCCCCUCACGCUGAAAGCAUGAGGAAGAGAAACCAAGUGGUGUUCAGCAUGCUGGAAGCUGAGGCUGAGUAUGUUCAGCAACUGCACAUACUGGUCAACAACUUCCUGCGACCGCUCCGCAUGGCUGCCAGCUCCAAGAAGCCACCCAUCACUCAUGAUGACGUCAGCAGCAUCUUCUUAAACAGUGAGACCAUCAUGUUCCUCCAUCAGAUCUUCUACCAGGGUCUGAAGGCACGGAUAGCCAGCUGGCCCACACUCGUGCUGGCUGAUCUGUUUGACAUCUUGCUGCCCAUGCUGAACAUUUACCAAGAGUUUGUCCGGAACCACCAGUACAGUCUGCAGAUCCUGGCUCACUGCAAACAGAACAGGGAUUUUGAUAAGCUGCUCAAGCAGUACGAGUCCAAGCCGGACUGUGAGGAGAGGACGCUGGAGACUUUCCUCACUUACCCCAUGUUUCAGAUACCCCGUUACAUCCUGACGUUGCAUGAGCUGCUCGCUCACACUCCUCAUGAACAUGUAGAGAGAAACAGUUUGGACUACGCUAAGUCAAAACUGGAGGAACUUUCCAGAAUUAUGCACGAUGAGGUGAGUGAGACGGAAAACAUCAGGAAGAAUCUGGCCAUUGAACGGAUGAUUGUGGAGGGUUGUGAAGUGCUGCUGGACACCAGUCAGACAUUUGUUAGGCAAGGUUCUCUGAUCCAGGUGCCAAUGAGCGAGAAAGGGAAGAUCACAAGAGGUCGACUGGGCUCUCUGUCUCUGAAGAAAGAAGGCGAGAGACAGUGCUUCCUCUUUUCCAAACAUCUCAUCAUCUGUACACGUGGCUCUGGGGGAAAACUUCACAUAACCAAGAACGGAGUGGUGUCUCUCAUUGACUGCACACUGAUGGAGGAGCCAGAGGGGACUGAUGAUGAGUCCAAAGGGGAGCGGAGCGGUCAGGACACUGAGCAUCUGGACUUUAAAGUGAUGGUUGAGCCCAAAGAUGUUCAGCCCUACACCGUCAUCCUGGUGGCUUCAUCCCGGCAGGAGAAGUCAGCGUGGACAAGUGACAUCAGCCAGUGCAUUGACAACAUCCGCUGCAAUGGACUGAUGAUGAAUGCCUUUGAGGAAAACAGUAAAGUCACAGUGCCACAGAUGAUUAAGUCUGACACCAGCUUGUACUGCGAUGAUGUGGACAUCCGCUUCAGCAAGAUGAUGAACUCCUGCAAAGUGCUGCAGAUCCGCUACGCCAGCGUGGAGCGUCUGCUGGAGAGGCUGACUGACCUGCGCUUCCUCUCAAUCGACUUCCUGAACACCUUCCUCCACUCAUAUAGAGUCUUUACCAGCGCUGACGUUGUUCUGGACAAGCUCAUCACCAUCUACAAGAAGCCCAUAAGUGCGAUCCCUGCACGUUCUUUGGAGCUUUUCUUUGCCAGCAGCCAGAACAACAAACUCCUCUACGGCGAGCCACCCACAUCGCCGCGUGCCAGCCGCAAGUUCUCCUCCCCUCCUCCUCUCUCCAUCACCAAAUCGUCCUCCCCCAACCGCAGACGUAAGCUUUCGCUUAACAUCCCCAUCAUCACAGGCGGCAAAGCCCUGGACCUGGCUGCACUCAGCUGCUCUCCCAAUGGCUAUGCAAGCAUGCACUCCACUAUGUCACCAUUCAGUAAGACCACCCUUGACAUCAACAAGCUCUACGUGUCAAGCACCAUGGCCAGCAAGAUCCCUGAUGAGGGAGAGCCCAAAGCAGACGGCAAAGCUGAGGAGUCUAUCCUCAACAAGCAAGAUCUGUCUGUGAGAGAGGAAUGUGAUGAGGACCCGAGUCAGAGUGAUGAUGCCGAAGCAGAAAUGUCUCCUCCCAAGUCCCCAUCAACACCCAAGAAUGUCAAGUCAAAAAACUCUGAGUUUUCCCUGUUUUCCUUCAACAAUGGUAUGGUGGUGUCAUCCUGCCGGGAGCUUGACAAUAACCGCAGUGCCCUUUCUGCCGCCUCAGCCUUCGCCAUUGCCACAGCUGGUGCAAAUGAAGGCACACCGACCAAGGAGAAAUAUCGCCGUAUGUCGCUUGCCAGCACAGGUUUCCCUACAGACCAGAGGAAUGGGGACAAAGAAUUUGUAAUCAGAAGAGCUGCAACGAACAGAGUCUUGAAUGUUCUGCGUCACUGGGUCUCCAAACACUCACAGGACUUUGAGCUGAACACAGAGCUGAAGAUGAGAGUCAUUGGCUUCCUGGAGGAGGUAAUGCAUGACCCAGAGCUCCUGACACAAGAGAGAAAGGCUGCUGCCAACAUCAUCAGGACUCUCACUCAGGAGGACCCUGGAGACAACCAGGUCACUCUAGAGGAGAUCACACAGACAGCCAUGGAGGAUUGUAAGACUGAGCCUUUUGAGAGCCACUCUGCCCUGGAGAUAGCAGAGCAACUCACACUGCUGGACCACCUGGUCUUCAAGGUCAUCCCAUAUGAGGAGUUCUUUGGCCAAGGUUGGAUGAAGAAUGACAAAAACGAGAGAACUCCAUACAUCAUGAAAACAACCAAACACUUCAAUGAUGUCAGCAACAGGAUUGCCACAGAGAUCCUGCACUGGGAUGAUGUCAACAUGCGAGUGGCAGUGAUUGAGAAAUGGGUGGCAGUGGCAGACAUCUGCCGAUGUCUCCACAACUACAACGCCAUCCUGGAGAUCACUUCCUCUCUCAAUCGCAGCUCUAUCUUUCGCCUCAAGAAGACGUGGCUCAAAGUCUCCAAGCAGACAAAGACUGUGAUUGAUAAGUUACAGAAGCUGGUGUCAUCAGAGGGACGAUUCAAAAACCUGAGAGAGGCUCUAAAGAACUGUGAUCCUCCCUGUGUUCCCUACCUGGGUAUGUACCUGACAGACCUGGCCUUUAUCGAGGAGGGAACACCCAACUACACAGAGGACAACCUGGUCAACUUUUCAAAGAUGAGAAUGAUAUCUCACAUCAUCAGAGAGAUAAGACAGUUUCAGCAAACAGCUUACAAGAUUGAUUAUCAGCCAAAGGUUGCAAAGUACCUGUUGGACUGCAGCACAGUACUGGACGAGGAGAGCCUUUAUGAGGCGUCUCUCAGAAUUGAGCCGAAAACAUCAUCAUGAAGAAGAUGACUCUCUCUGAACCCUCAUACAGAGUGUGAAGGGAAUAUUAUAUUAUAAUGUACAUAUAGUAUACUAUUAUUUGUAUUAGACACAGUAGGCUGUGCCCUUCUAGUUUGUGCUCCCUUAUGGACUUGUUGUGUAUAAUCGUUAAUAGAGACUGAGUAGAAGCCCAGAGCAGUUUUAUGUAUAUAGUUACAGAGUAUUUAUAUGUUCUUUAUUGUCUGAAAUACCAUUUUAUUAUGAAGUUAUUUUCAACCACAGAAUCAAAGUUUAAAAGGUACAUGAUAUUUAAUCAUAUCCUCAUGGUAUUUUUGCAGAAUCAGGCAGUUGUUUUUAUUAAAGUGGGAUUGAAUAUGAACAGCAGCUUUUCUGCAAGGGUUAUAAAGACACAGAGAGAGAAGUGUACAUAACUGCAUUGUCCCACACAGAAACAUACAGACACCAUUAAAAUAUUUAGUCUUAUCAGAGCAGUAGCCUUCAGUAUAUCCUGUUUGUUGCCAAAUAGAGGCUAAAAUUUUAAAGUAAUGGCAAUAGCUGCUCAUCCACUGACAAAUAUAUAUUAAAAAAUGCGAUGAUUAUAAGCUUAUAGUUUGGCACUGAUUCUAAUGAAGAACAAGAAUGGCAGACUCCACAAGUAAUGCUAAGAUAACUAUCAACAGGUAAUUAUAAAAGGUAACGAGGAUGGUUUGGCAAGAGAAAAUCCUGCAGAUUGCUGUAGCUUGGCAUCACUAUUUAAUAGAAAACUAUACGGUGUUUUGGUCCUUCUGUGCAGUUUUCUCUUGUCAAGCUAAAGUUACAGUAAAUCUACUAAGCACCUGCUACAUGAAGAUGGUAACUUAUUGAGACUUUGACACUUUCUCAAACUUUCUUCACAGAAGAAUUCAUUGGUAAAUGUGUGACUGCUUUUCUGUCUAAAGUUGAAUUGUGUGUGGAUGUUUCAUGUAGCCACUGAAUGACAAGGUUUAUGGAUCUGAAAGGGCUGGAGUCAAAACGAUGAAACUUUCCUAAGGAUCAGGUCCAGAUUUUUUCAAGCUUGUAGAGAUGGAUUUUUAUGCUUUGCUUAUCAUCACCGUACUCCCCUGGUGGGCAAUGAUGUGUAUAUAUAGCAUAAGCAUUGGCAGUGUAUGUAGCAGAUGUAACCUAUAUUUGAGCCACUUCAGGAAUUGAAAUUCCCAGCUUCUACACUCAGACAAAGAUUUUAUGGUUAAUCCACUUUGGCCAGUGCAUUAUGGUUUUGCCUUAAUCUUAAAAUGAAUUAUAUACCACAAAAGUAUGUAAACUAUUUUGUUCUACAAUUUGCCAAUGACGCAGAAGUAUUUGCUAUGUACAAUUACCUGUACAGGCAGCCUGAUGCGUUUCCUAAUGUGCAAUGUGUUCAAUACAUAUCCCUUGAAAUGUGUUAUCCUUAUGAUAGUUCAACUCUGUAAUAACUUUAUGUGUAUGAUACUUUGAAAAAGAAUGUUGAAAGCAACUUAUAAGUGUAACACAUUCAGUAUCCUGUCUACUCUAAUGUGUUAGCAGGAACUAUACAGUAGUUAUAUUGUGCUUAUUAUUCUUGGAAUAUUUAUAGGUAUUUUUUACAGGCUUUGUAUAGAAAAACACCUAAAGCUUAAGUGGCAGGCAUGAACCACUUUCACUUGUUCAAAUCAAAUCUAUAUCUAGAACAGUAUGUGUACUGUAUUUUAACCCCACCCUUGCACAUGAAUCUUUACCCUCUAACAGGCACAUCAAAUGUUUGCAGUGAGCAAUACCCAGUGAAAUUAUCUUUCAGUCUAUUUCAACAGCUUGAGUAGUUAUUUCCAGUUUUGUAUAAAAGUGUAUUCUUUCCUGAUUACCUCUUGUUAAUAAAUCUAUUCUU